UUGUGGCUGUGUGGCGGCUGCUGCCCUGCGUACGUGGCAUAAAACGUAUCCACCAAUGAGAACACUCCAUCCAUGAGAAUAGGCGUAUCCUACUGUCACACAUACAGUACACAAUCUAACAGUAAAAUAUCCAAAUACGCACUAAAACAAAUUCACAGCACAAGAUUUUGUUCCUGUGUGUUACGGGAUCGGCCAUAACUCCCUCCGAGUCACCAAAAAGAUAUUCUCACCAUUUACAACAGUGCAAUUUUCAGUUGGUCUUUUUGAUACCGUUGUAACAUUUGCCGAAGGAGAACACGUAUACGUGGAUCAAAGAGGCCACCUUUAAGUCUCAACAUCACUUAAAUAAAACGUAACAAUACUAUUAAUUGCUUAUACUUUUACACAACUCUACAUUUGUUGAGUUUUCAUAUUGAUUAUUGGUGUAACACAGCGAAAUGGAUCUGCAGACUGGUUUGAUUUAUGUCGGGGUUGUUGUCGUCUCGGCAGUAGUGAUCUUCUUGGUCUCGAUUUUGGGGACCAAAGAGAAGUCCUACGAAGAAGCUAUCGCUGAACAGAGGAAGUUACCGGACGAUUUACUUCUAGGAAAAAAGGAAAAGGGCAAGGAGAAAAAGCAUAAAAAUAAAAGUGGCAAAAAGGUAAAGGAGAAGAAAGAGGAGAGAGAGGAGAAGGAAGAGAAAGAAGAAAAACCGGAGCACGUGCAAUUUGAGGAGACUCCACAGAUUCUACCCCCCGAUCUACCAGCUCAGGAGGCAUGCAAGAGUAAUAAGAAGAAAAAUAAAAGUGAGAAGGUUAAACCAAUUCUUGUAAACAAGGAUGAGUCGCCAGUUGUUGUGACCGACGCAAUAGUUUCUCAAGCUCCAUUGCCUGAGACUAAUCAUUUCGAUAUUAUUCACCCUAAGGACGAUCUUGAAUUGAUACGCUGUCACAGUAAAGAAAAUUUGACCCAACUCACUCAGUCCGAGCCAGUGGUGAACAAAUCCCCAAAGGAAACCCCGACCAAAUCCAAAAAGGCCCCAAAGCCCCUUCAGAAGAAGGAAUCGGUUGAAACAGAUUCAGCAAUUCCUCAAAUCACUCCGGUCAACCGCUUGCCUACACAGUCACCUCUUCCAGCCCCUCUGAAGGAGUCAUCUAAAAAGAACAAAAAGAAGAACGACAUUCUGGCCCAGAUUGGAGGAGAGAAAGAUGGCAUCAAUGUUUCUCUCCUGAUGCCCCUCGUGCAAAAAGCAGAACUGAGUCGUUCAGAAAUCCAAAUCCUCAUCGAUCAACUGUUGAACAAACAGCUGGACAACCCCCUGGAACAUGCUGAAUGGAUAGAGGGUCGUACUGAUCCAGUGAUCAAGCUGAAAAAACAGCUAGCCGAGAAGGACAAAGCUCUGACUGAGGAGCACGCAGCUAGUAUUACUUUCCAAAACAAACUUAAGGAGCUGCGAAUUGAAUUGAACUCUGAACGCUCACGAUUGACCCAGAAUUCAAAACAGCUUGAAGAGGCAUUGAACAACAAGAUAACUGAGGCUCAGACUCUACACACUCGUAUGCAGCACAUUCUUGAGAGUCAUGCAGCAGAGAAACAGGGUUUCUCACGUCAGAUCGAGCAACUGCAGUCUAAGGUGAACGAGGAUGCUGCCAUUAUUCAUAAAAUGCAGGCUGAUCAGGGACAAACUCAGGGUCAUUUGCAGAAGGAGUUGAAUGCCCAGCGUCAGCAGCUCGAGUCGCAGUUUGUCCAGAUGAGGGAGAAUGAGAAAGCUCUGCAGGCACAAUUGGCUCAGAAACAUGCCGAGUGCCAGGAAUUGCAAAAUGUCAAUAUGAAUAUGACACAGGAUCUUCAGGCUGCAUGUGAAUCUAGCACUACUGAAAUCGAAGUCCUUCGCCAAGAGCUCGCUAUCAUGCAGGAGCAGCUUAUGCAUGCAGAAGGACAACUGCAUCACUACAAAGAGGCUGGGGAUCGCCUUCAGGACAUGGCUAGACAACUUGAGGAGUCACACCGUGCUCAGGCAGAUUUGGAUUUGCGUUUAAAGAAUUCUCACCGACAUGAACAGGAUCUGCAGAAGCAAAUUCACUCGCUCCAAGGAGAGAUGAAAAUGGUAAAGGCUGAGGCGAAUGAGGCCUCUGCUCUCAAUGGAGAACUCAAUAAAGUGCAGGGAGAGUUGAUGAAGCUCAAGAACGAUCUGUCACAUUCUCAGAGUGAGGCCAAGUCAGAGGCCGCUGAGAUCACCAAUCUCAGGAGUCUUGUUGCCGCCAGAGACGAUGCGCUCGAUCAGUCGCAACGAUAUCUCAUCGAAUUAGAGGCCACUAUCCAUGAGUUGAGGGGUGGAUUGUUCGGAGCUAGGUCAGACUUGGAUGAAAUACAGGCAGAGCAGCGCACGGAUAAGGCUGAGCUGAAAAAUCAACAGGAGAAAUUGAGCCAGGCCCAUCAACAGGGGAGCAAGCUACAGGAGGAGAAUUACAAACUGGUGCGACAAAUUGGGGAGAUGGAGAUGGAGGUGAAGCAGUGGAGGGAGGAGAAUGAGAGAUUGGCGACGCAGGUUGCCUCGAGUACCGAACGCUCCGUGGGCGAGAGCAAGGAGAAUGGAGUCGAGGAGAAGAGGGAGAGGGUCCACAAUUUCGAGAGUGGAGUGAUGAAGGAAAAGGACACGCAAAUUGACGAGUUGAGAGCACAGUUGAGUAGCAAGGAGGUGGAAUUCGAGAGGUUGAGGGAGGUUCUAGAGGGACUCAAGAGUGAUGCCAAGAGUCAAAUUGGGUUGAGGAAAAAGUUGGAGGAGGACCUUGAGGCUCAAAGGUCAAAGAACAACGAAUUGAGAACAAAAAACUGGAAAGUGAUGGAAGCACUUUCCGCCGCGGAGAUGCGUUCUAAAAAUUCUGGCAAAACCGUCGACGAUGGUUUGGAGAAAAUCAAGGCUGCAGAACAAGAAUCCACUAAAUCUCUUCUCCAGAGAAUAUUCCCAGACAUAAAGAUCCAGGAAAAAUCAUAUGAUAAAUGGUUGACUACCUUCGAACAGCGUGUCAGUGCUCUAUUAACACAAGCUAAACCGAAUGAUAUACAAGAGGCAAACACAGAUGUGGAAAAGCAGAAUAAAAAUCUGCAAGGCAUGGUCUCCCACUACAAACAGAUAAUCAUUGACACAGAGGGAAUGUUGAAUAAUCUUCAGAGUCACGUAGAAUCUGAAGAGUCCAGGUGGCAGUCGGAGAUAAGACUUAAAGAAAAUGAGAUUGCCAAUCUCAGGGUAGAACUUAAGGAACUGCUGAGUAAGACUAACAUUUGCGACGAGCUUCAGAAGAAAAUAUCGAGCUUGGAGUCGCGUUUAGCGGCAGAGGAGGCUCUCAGGACGGAGGCUAAGGCUGAAUUAAGUGCAUUCAAAUUAACACACUUCUCUGUCAAAGGUGGUGUUGUCAAUCUUGCACAUUUAGAACAACUUCAAGAGGAAAAACAAAGACUAACACUUCACUCCGAAUCAGAGAAAUUGAGCUCGGUUGUAGAAAAAAAUGAAGCUGAAGUCACUAGGCUCGAGGAAGCAGCCAGCGGUGCUAGUAGUACCCCAGAUCAAUCAGCAAUUAAUGGUCCCCUAUCAGACGCAUCAAAGCGUGAGUCCACUAAGAAAGCUACGUCAAAGCGGCGCAGAUUUGCAGGGUGGUUCAGGAAAAAAGUAACAUCUAGAACAAAACCACGCUAAUGAAGGAAUGUAACUCGAGAGUUGGUAGAAAAUGCGAUAAAAAAGACUAAUAUAAUAAUUGAAUAUUAUUGAAUAAUGUUUAUUAUAUAAAAAAUAUCAUAUUUUAUUAUGUGGAAAAAGUAUAAAGGAAAAAACAAGCAACAGGCGUAGGUAGAUGGAACGGGUUCAACACUAGGGAUUGGUAGACGAGCAAGCGUAAUUGAAAAAAAAAAAAAAAAAAAAAAAUCAAGGAAAAACCACCAAAAAAAAAAAGAAAAGAAAAGUGAACAUCACCGAUUUUCCAAACACCAUUUGCAAAAACUUCUCUUCUGAAAAUUACUCAUGAAUAAAUAAUCGCAAUGGAUUGGAUUAUGAAUUACAGAUAAUUCAUUGAUUUUUCUUUCACUUUUAUCAGUAGACUUGACAAAUUGCCAGGAUUAGCGAUGAGAAUAACCUUUUGAAGCUGAGGGAUUGAAUCCAAUUUUUAUAGUUUUAAUUGCACUAAUUACGAAAAUCAAAUUGGAUGUUAAGUAGUGAAGGAGUAUUUAAAAGCGACGAUAAAGUCGUGU